AUGGGAGGCAGACAGAUCCGACCCGCAAGGGUCUUCCAGACCGUGACGGAGGAGCUCAACCACAACAUUCUCGGCAAGAAGUCGGUCCCUACGCCGCCAUGGUACAACAUCAUGCAAAAAGUCCCUCCCGCCGAGACCCUCGUCCGAAACGUCACCCCUCUAAUCACCCCAAGCCGUACAAAUACCACCAAGAUCAAAAGCAUUUUCCGACCCCUACCAAUAAAGUACUUGGAGGACGAGCUACGAGACAUCUUCUACCGCGACCAUCCUUGGGAGCUUGCGAGGCCCCGUGUUAUUCUCGAAUUGGACGGAAAGGAUUACCAGCACUGCAAUUGGUCCAAGGGCUUGAAACAGCCCAACACUCCCUUGACGGGCGAAAGGCAAUACUGGAUGUGGUUACUUGAGAAUGGGAAGGAGACUGUGGGUAAGGGUAGGAGAAAGAAAGAGAUAGAAUGGACAAGGGUACGAGCAUACGACCAUGUUCGCCGUCAAUUUUAUCGUCUACGUCAAGAGGAGCAGAUCGAGAAACGAGUGGCCGAGGAAGAAGCCAGGUACGUAGGCGCUUACUUUGGCCAAACCCGCAUCGAUGUCUCCCACGGCCUCGAAGACCGCGAGUUCGAGAACUGGAAGCUCUGGGCUGGAAAGGAGACGGAGCGACAGGAGCAGAACCGCAACGGAGAAAUUGACGACUUUGGUCUGGAGGAUGAGGCGGAGGAGGUUAUCGAGGAUGCAGAGGCAGCGCCCGAAGUCAAGGCCGAGGCCGCAGAGGGCAAGAAGUCACCUUGA